AUGCUGCAUUUGAGUAAGGGGGAUUUUGUAUGGGUGGACUCUGGCGACGAGGUGCCGAUCGGGGCGGAGGUCACGGUCACAGACACCGGACAGCUUCAGCUGAUUGAUGAUGAAGGAAAGGAGCACAAGAUCAAGAAGAAGACGGAGGGCACCAUCAGGCCCAUGCACCCCACCUCUGUGAAGGGUGUGGAUGACAUGAUAAGGCUCGGUGAUCUCAAUGAGGCAGGGCUCCUCAGGAACCUCCUGGUGCGACACAAAGAAGGCAUCAUCUAUACAUACACAGGCUCCAUUCUGGUUGCAGUCAACCCUUACCAGCUGCUGCCCAUCUACACCACUGAGCAUGUGCACAUGUACACAGAUCAACGGCUGGGUGAACUGCCACCGCACGUCUUCUCCAUCGCAGACAGCUGCUUCUUCAACAUGCGCCGCAACAAAAAGAACCAAUGCUGUGUCAUCAGUGGAGAGUCAGGAGCAGGUAAGACUGAGAACACCAAGCUCAUGCUGCAGUUCCUGUCUGCAGUGAGUGGCCAGCACUCUUGGAUCGAACAGCAGAUUCUUGAAGCAAACCCCAUCUUGGAAGCCUUUGGUAAUGCCAAAACCGUUCGUAAUGACAACUCUAGUCGUUUUGGGAAGUACGUUGACAUCCACUUCACCAAGGGUGGGGCCAUUGAAGGGGCCCGUGUUGAGCAGUACCUGCUGGAGAAGUCCCGAGUUUGUCGUCAGGCGCCUGAGGAAAGAAACUACCACAUAUUUUACUACAUGCUGAUGGGCAUGACAGCUGAGCAGAAAAAUAUUCUUUCCCUUGGGAAUGCUGCUGAGUACAACUAUCUGACCAUGGGUAACUGCACCAGCUGUGAAGGACGUGAUGAUGUGAAGGAAUACGCCCACUUCCGUUCAGCUCUGAAGGUCCUCAUGUUCACAGAGAAUGACUCCUGGGAAAUCUCCAAACUGCUUGCUGCUAUCCUUCACCUGGGCAAUGUGGACUUUGAGGGAACCAUAGUAAAUAACCUAGAGGGCUGUGACAUCCUGAAAUCAUCCAAUUCCAACAUGGCCAGCCAACUUUUGGAGGUGGAUCCCAAAGCACUGGAGAAGAGUCUGACUCAGCGCUCCUUCAUGACAGCCAAAGAGAGUGUGACCAAAGCUCUGACCUCUGCCCAGGCUGUGGACGGCAGGGACGCCUUUGUCAAGGCUAUUUAUGGAAGACUUUUCCUUUGGGUCGUGGACAAAAUCAACGCUGCCGUUUACAAGCCACCUGAGGAUUCCAAACAGUCCAUAGGCUUGCUCGACAUCUUUGGUUUUGAGAACUUCACCAAAAACAGCUUUGAGCAGCUGUGCAUCAACUUUGCCAAUGAGCAGUUGCAGCAGUUCUUCGUCAAGCAUGUUUUCAAACUGGAGCAGGACGAGUAUGCCCGUGAAAACAUUGUGUGGAAGAAAAUAGACUACAAAGACAACCAAUGCACCCUGGACGUAUUGGCCAACAAACCCCUGAACAUGCUGGCACUUAUUGAUGAGGAGAGCAACUUCCCCAAGGGCACAGAUACCACCCUGCUCCAAAAAAUGAAUCAGGUCCAUGGGAAAGGGAACAUCUAUAUUCCCCCCAAGAACAACUAUGAGACAGAUUUUGGAAUCCAACAUUUUGCUGGAAAGGUCUACUAUGAUUCAAAAGGUUUCCUUGAGAAAAACCGUGACGCUCUCAGCUCAGAUCUGAUUCAGCUGGUGGAGACCUCCACCAAUAAACUCCUCAAACAGGCCUUUCAGGAUGUACUGUCUACCAGUACGAUCAAGGGCAGCACCAACCCCAGGAUGAGCAUCACCUCGGCCAACAACAGCCUCCGGCAAGCGGCUGAUAGCAAGAAGCGUGUGCCAACUCUGACUGGCCAGUUCCGCCAGUCUCUGGAUUCCCUGAUGAAAACACUGACUGUGUGCCAGCCCUAUUUCAUCCGCUGCAUUAAACCCAAUGACUUCAAGAAGCCCAUGCUGUUUGACAGAGAGCUGUGCAUGCGUCAGCUCCGUUACUCUGGUAUGAUGGAGACCAUCAGGAUCCGGAAAGCUGGAUAUCCCGUCCGCUACACAUUCGAUGAGUUUCUGACUCGCUACCGCGUCCUUCUGAAAACUUCCCUCUGUGAUCCAAAAAGAGAAAGUAAAGAGAAAUGCUGUGAAAGCAUUUGUGAGUCUGUACUUGCUGGAGAGGGCGACUGGAAGACUGGCAAGACAAAGAUAUUCCUUAAGGACUUCCAUGACACAAUGCUCGAAGUGGAGCGAAUGAAAGAACUACAUGAGAAAGCCCUUCUGAUCCAGAAAGUCCUGCGAGGAUACAAAUACAGGAAACAAUUCCUGAGGAAAAAGGCAGGUGCUCUUGUCAUUCAGAAACACUGGAGAGGACACAAAGGCAGAAAGCUGUACAGAGUGGUCCAGCUGGGCUUUGCGAGGCUGCAGGCACAGGCUCGGUCUCGUCAGCUCCACUUCCAGUAUAAGAAGAAGCGGGAGGCAGCCCUUGUGCUGCAGGCCCGAGCCAGAGGAUACCUGGCCAGGAAGGAAUGGAAGCGCAAGAGAGACGCUGUGAUCCUACUGCAGGCACACACCAGGGGUGCGCUGGCAAGAAAAGCUGUCAAAAAAAGAAGAAAACUGAUUGGGGUACAGUGGGAAGAAAAUAUCACAAUACGGUCGGUCAAAUGCCUGAAAGACGAGUUUAUGUUUAUGGGGUGGUGUGUGAGCGUGUGGAACCAAUCAAAUGCGUGUGUCUCACGGCCAAUGCGUGAGAGUUGGCAGCUCUGGAUGUACCUCUCUGCUAAAGAGAGAGAAGAAGAACGGCGGGCCAUUUUGGAGAAACAGAAACAUUUGGAGGAAUUGCUGAGGCGGGAGAAAGAGAUGGAGGCCAAAGCUCAGACUGAAUCCAUCACAGACCAGGAGAUGGUGGACAGCAUCUUCGACUUCCUGCCCGUUACGGUCGGAGGGCAGGAGGGGCAAGCACCUGCCGGAUUUGAGUUUGAGGGGAAACGGACAAUUAUCGAGGAGAUAGACAUCGACGAAAUCCCCAUGGAAGAAGAUCUUCUCAAAGAAGACUAUGAUGAUCUGGAUGAGUACUCCAUCUCCAAAUUUGCCUCCAUGUACUUCCAGGGUGCAGCCACCCACACUCACAUCCGCCAGAGGCUUCGGCAGCCCCUGCUUUACCACGAAGAUAAAGGAGAUGUCCUGGCUUCACUGACCGUGUGGUGGAUCAUCCUGAGGUUCAUGGGAGACCUCCCUGAGCCGAAGAAGCAGGUCCAGGGAACCUCCACGCAGGAGCGCUUUGUGCCGCAGGAGCUGAUCUCCAGAAAGGACCGGCGUCUGAGCCACAUGGUUGGCCUGGAUCAGAGGGUGCUAAGGAAUAAAAAAGAAAGGAAACCUUCCACAGUACCCGAGGAGCCAACGCAAAACAGAAAGGCCUCCAUUUUCACAGACCUUCUGGCAAGAAACAGAAAGGCUUCUGCUGUGCCCGGUGAGACGGCUCAAAACCCAAAGGUUUACACCGUGCCAGAAGGGAGCCCUCGAACAAGGAAGGGAUCCACAUUCACUGACCUACUGUCCAGAAACAGAAAAGCAUCCACUGUUCAAGAAAAUGGAAUACCAAAAUCCACUUCAAAAUCUACUUCAAGUCUCAGGAAACCCUCAAUCAUCAUGGAGGAGUCAGAUGAUCUGACUGAAGUUUCCAAGCCUCCCACCCUGCAGACUGUGAAGGAGGACAGUGACAUCAUGACUGAAGAAGGACCCACCGUGGACCGGCCUCUGACAGCGCUCGAAAAAGUCCACUUCAUCGUGGGAUAUGCCAUAGUCAGACGUGACCUCAGGGAUGAGAUUUACUGUCAGAUCUGCAAGCAGCUUCAAGAUAACAGCAAUCGCAACAGCUACUUCCGUGGCUGGAUCCUGCUGUCCCUCUGUCUGGGAGUUUUCCCUCCAAGUGAUCGCUUUAUAAAGUACCUGCAAAGUUUCAUCCGUUUAGCUCCAGGAGGCUACGCUUCCUACUGCGCUGAAAGGCUGCGGCGCACAAUAAUGAACGGAGUGCGAGGGGAGCCUCCAGCCUGGCUGGAGCUGCAGGCAACCAAGACAAAAAAGCCCAUGAUUGUGUCUGUGCUGCUGAUGGAUGGACGCUCCAUUAACCUGCCUGUUGACUCAGCAUCUACCUCCAAAGAGAUCUGCCAACUCCUCGCUAACAAAGUCAAACUCAAAGACACCUUCGGCUUUUCCGUCUAUGUCGCCUUGUAUGAAAAGGUGUGGGCUCUGGGCAGCGGGCGGGAGCACGUGAUGGAUGCCAUCUCCCAGUGUGAGCAGGAAGUCAAGAGGAGAGGAGGGCAGGAACAGCACGCUCCCUGGCGUCUCUUCUUCCGCAAGGAGGUCUUCACCCCCUGGCACGACUGCAAAGAGGACCCGAUCAGCACAGACCUCAUCUACAAACAGAUCAUCCACGGUCUGAAGUUUGGAGAGUACCAGAGUGAAAAGGAGGAGGAUUAUGUUCAGCUCGCUGCGAAACAUCUCUACAUCCAGCAUGGCUCAGACAGCUGUGCAGAACAUGUGAAGGAAGCAGUUCAGGACUGCAUCAACAACUCUCGGCUGGAGGCCACGUCAGAGGCCAAAUGGGUGCAGAUGGUCAGCACUGCUUAUGCUCAGGGUCCGUUUUUGAGUUCAAGACAGAAGGCAGAUUCAGUGAGGGCCGAGAUGGUGGACUACGCCCGAGAAAAGUGGCCCAUGUUCUUCUCCAGGUUCUUUGAAGUUGUCAAACUGUCAGGUCCUGCGCUGCCAAAGAGCAAGUUCAUUGUGGCCAUAAACUGGACUGGUAUCACUUUCCUGGACGAGAGAGAGAAGAGGCUGCUGGAGCUCUCCUUCCCUGAAGUCACCGGAGUCCACACCGUGAGGGAGGGCAAAGUGUCUGGCCAGGCGGUGAGUCUGCUGACACUGAAAGGAGACUUCACUCUGAGUGGAGGCACCACUGAGGACAUGGCAGAGCUGGUGACAAUGUUCCUCAGUGGACUGACCGAGAGAUCUCAGUAUGCUGUGACCCUAAAGGAAGCCGACAGGCGAGAUGACCCCACACUACUGGGCUUUAAGAAAGGAGAGCUCAUUAUAAUAAUCAAAGAUGACGAGUUCUCUCAGGAACGUGGCUGGAUAAAGGGCCAAAAUGAGAGCACGAAACAAAAGGGGGCCGUCCCCACCGAGGCCAUCUUAAUCCUGCCAACACUCAGCAAACCCAGCAAGGAAGUCAUGAGCCUCCUCAACUUGUCUCCUAACCAGAGGAAGGACAUCAUAAAGGAAAACCAGAAAGAAACAGGAACGAUGGAGAGAGUAGCUCCUGCCACGCUGAAAGAAUUCUCCCUCCAGUACUUCAGGCAGCCCACUAUCGAUGUGAACCGCCAGGUGAUGUCCAGGAAUGCUGCUCCUGAGAGGCUGUGGGCAAACUCCAGAGAGCCAAUCAGACAGCCCUUCCUCAAGAAACUGGUGGGCAGCGCAGAGCUUAGCCACAAAGCCUGUCUGGCCUUCACUGCGAUCCUAAAAUAUAUGGGAGAUUACCCUACCAAGCAGAUGCAGAGUCCUCUCGAGCUCACCGACCAGAUCUUCAGCCCCGCCACUCAAAAUGAGGCGCUCAGGGAUGAGAUCUAUUGCCAGAUCAUGAAGCAGAUGACCAGCAAUAACAACCGGUUCAGCGUGGAGCAGGGCUGGCAGCUGCUGUGGCUCUGCUGCGGCCUGUUUCCUCCCAGCCAGUCUCUUCUGAAGCACACUCAGCGAUUUCUGGAGUCGCGCCGCAGAGAGCCCCUCGCCUCCGACUGCCUGCAGCGUCUGCAGAGCUCCCUGAGGAUGGAGCCCAGGAAGCUCCCACCACACCAGGUGGAGGUAGACGCCAUCCAACAGAACAGCACCCAGAUCUUCCACAAAAUCCACUUCCCCAACGACACAGAGGAGAAAUUUGAGGUGGCGACAAACACCAGGAUCAGGGAUCUCAUCCAGAACAUUACCAAGAAGCUCAGUCUGGCUUCAGCAGACGGCUUCAGCAUUUUUGUCAAAACAAAUGACAAGGUUCUCAGUUUGAAUGACACAGACUACUUCUUUGAUAGUCUGAGACAAAUCACUGACUGGUCCAAGAAAGCCAAGGGGAUCAAAGACGGUGGGCCAGUCAACAUAGCCUACCUUGUGUUCUUUAUGAGGAAGUUGUGGUUCAAUGUGAUCCCUGGCAGAGACACAGAGGCCGAUCUUAUCUUCCAUUUCCCUCAGGAGCUACCAAAGUACCUGAGAGGCUAUCAUGUUUGCACCAAAGAGGAAAUGGUCAACAUUGCGGCUCUGCUCUUCAGGAUUAAAGUUGACAAUGACAAGAGCCAGUUUGUCAUGAUUCCCAAGAUGCUGAAGGAGCUGGUGCCCAUGGACCAACUGAAGGCCAUGUCUGAAAAUGAGUGGAAGAAGAGUGUUGUUGCCUCUUUUAACAAACAAGUUGGUAUGACUGUUGAAGAAGCUAAGGUGGCAUUUCUGAAGGCGGUCUGCCGCUGGCCGACGUUCGGCUGUGCAUUCUUUGAAGUGAAGCAAACAUCUGAACCAAAUUUCCCAGAUAUUGUGCGAAUAGCUGUCAGCAAGCAAGGACUCACCAUCAUCCACCCUAAAACCAAGGAUGUGCUGGCAAAUCACCCAUUCAACCGUAUCGCUAACUGGUGUAGUGGAAGCACCUACUUUCACAUGACUAUUGGCAACUUAGUCAAAGGGAGCAAAUUCCUAUGUGAAACUUCACUGGGUUACAAGAUGGAUGAUCUUAUAACCUCCUAUGUCAGCAUGUACCUCAGAGAGAGGAGGACAGUGCAAACCAGGAACCAGCGCUUUGACAUGUGAGCCUCAGUAGCACGAGUGUGAUGCAACUGGUGCCUGUGGCUGGAGAUUCAAACCCACACACUCAACAUGUAGUUCAUACACACACACAGAGGCAGAGCAGGACUACCUCUCUGUUUUUGAAAGUGCAAUCAACUUUAUUUGUGCUCAUGCUUUGAUUAAUUGCAUAAAAAGAACUUCUUGUGGAUUUCUGGCAUUUUAUUUAAAGCUAAUGUUUAUUUGGCGUGUAUUCAAGCAACAUAAGGAACCCACAUUGUAGGUAAUACUAAUACUGUGCUCACAUUUUCUUAGUGAAAAAAUACAUGUUUCAUGAUCCACAAAAACACCAGGAUAUACAAAUGUGUAUGACAGUUUGUGAAUCAAUCAUGGUUUCCCUAAAUGCUUCUUCCCAUUGAUGAAUACAACCCAAGUUUAAUAAAUGUUAAACAAAUGUAGAAAUAGAUACAACCUAACUUUAAUAAAUACCAGUAUUCUAUGUAUUUCCAACUUCAAUUUCUUUAAUAACUUUUUUUUUUAAAUACUUCCUGUGUAUAUCAAUGUCUAAAUGUCUUUUGAAAAUCUGGUGUAAUUCUCUAAUUGAUUUACAAACUGUCCAACCUGUGUGUAACAAAUCGCCAUACACAUUUGUAAGCCUUUACAUUUAAAGUGCUCAUAUUAUGCUCUUUGGCUUGUUCCCUUUCUUUUAUUGUG